AGACACAGACGAAGAAGAAAGCCAAACAAAAUCAUGGCGGAGUUGUGGGGUUACGGAACACUUUGGGUGAACUUGGACUGGGUUUAGUUUUUGUAACAUUAUUUUCUUUUCCUCCGUGCUGACCGGAAGCAUGGCUCACCGAUACCUGCGGCUAUCGGCGGGCUGCCGGAGCCUAUUUCGACUGCUGCCGCCCUCCGGAGCUCCGACCAGGCUGGUAAUGUUGUCAACAACUCCGAGACAGGUGGAAGGGGGGCGGAGCCUACUUGGCGACCUACUGGGAGCUUAUAGGAGCCUGAGCUCCAAACCCCCAAAAGGUUUUGAAAAAUAUUUUCCUGACAGCCAAAAAAGUGAAAAGAACUCCGACCCUGAAGCAGCGAGUAAAGAAUCCAAACCUGCCAGUGCUCAGAAAUCAUCAGGGAAGAUGGGAGGGGGCGGGGCAUCAGGAGGGGGCGGGUCUUCAGGAGGAGGGAAACGAGGAGGUCGUAAAGAGGACUCUCACUGGUACAGUCGCCUUCAGAAGGGGGACAUUCCCUGGGAUGACAAGGAAUUUCGGUUGUAUUUACUGAGCUGCGUAGCAUUCUGGACCACCAUAACCUACUACUUUUUCCUGAGGGACGGUGGACGGGAAGUGACCUGGAAGGACUUUGUAAACAACUACCUGUCCAAGGGUGUGGUCGACCGAUUAGAAGUUGUUAACAAACGUUACGUCAAAGUAGUGUUCGCCCCGGGGAAGACGCCGGUGGACGGGCAGUACGUCUGGUUCAACAUCGGCAGUGUGGACACAUUUGAGAGGAACCUGGAGACGGCUCAGUAUGAGUUCGGCAUCGAGGGGGAGAACCGGCUGCCUGUGGUUUACUCCACAGAGAGUGACGGCACAUUCCUGCUAAGCAUGCUCCCCACGGUGCUGAUCAUUGGCUUCCUGCUCUUCAUGCUGCGCCGUGGCCCAGCGGGGGCGGGGCGUCCCGGCAGGGGAAUGGGCGGCCUCUUCAGCGUCAGCGAGACGACAGCAAAGAUCCUGAAGGACGAGAUCGACGUAAAGUUUAAAGAUGUGGCCGGAUGUGAGGAGGCUAAGCUGGAGAUCAUGGAGUUUGUCAACUUCCUUAAGAACCCCAAACAGUACCAGGACCUCGGGGCCAAAAUCCCAAAGGGAGCCAUCCUGACCGGGCCUCCAGGAACAGGAAAAACUCUUCUGGCCAAAGCGACGGCUGGGGAGGCUAACGUGCCCUUCAUCACUGUGAAUGGCUCGGAGUUCCUGGAGAUGUUUGUGGGCGUCGGCCCUGCCAGGGUGAGGGAUCUGUUUGUCAUGGCGAGGAAGAAUGCUCCGUGCAUCCUCUUCAUUGAUGAGAUCGACGCUGUGGGGCGGAAGCGGGGGCGUGGGAACUUUGGCGGGCAGAGUGAGCAGGAGAACACUCUGAACCAGCUGCUGGUGGAGAUGGAUGGCUUCAACACUGCCUCCAAUGUCGUCGUUUUAGCUGGAACCAACAGGCCAGACAUCCUGGACCCGGCUCUGAUGAGGCCCGGUCGCUUCGACAGACAGAUUUACAUUGGUCCUCCUGACAUCAAAGGGCGAGCAUCCAUCUUUAAAGUCCACCUGCGUCCUCUGAAGCUGGCUACAGAUAUGGAUAAAGACGCCUUGGCUCGGAAGAUGGCUGCCCUCACUCCUGGAUUCUCAGGCGCAGACAUUGCCAACGUCUGCAACGAGGCCGCUCUGAUCGCGGCUCGUCAUCUGUCCGACAACAUCAACCAGAAGCAUUUUGAGCAGGCGAUUGAGAGAGUCAUUGGAGGUCUGGAGAAGAAGACCCAGGUCCUGCAGCCAGAGGAGAAGAAGACUGUGGCAUAUCAUGAGGCCGGUCACGCAGUGGCUGGAUGGUUUCUGGAGCAUGCAGACCCUCUUCUAAAGGUGUCCAUCAUUCCCAGAGGGAAGGGUCUUGGUUAUGCUCAGUACCUUCCCAAAGAGCAGUACCUCUACACCAAAGAGCAGCUCCUGGACCGCAUGUGCAUGACCCUGGGGGGUCGGGUGUCAGAGGAGAUCUUCUUUGGACGGAUCACCACUGGAGCUCAGGACGACUUACGCAAAGUGACGCAGAGCGCCUACGCACAGAUUGUUCAGUUUGGGAUGAACCAAAAGGUGGGUCAGGUUUCCUUCGAUCUGCCCCGGCAGGGAGAGAUGGUUUUGGAGAAACCGUACAGCGAGGCCACGGCCCGUCUGAUCGACACGGAGGUUCGAAUCCUGAUCAGUGAGGCGUACGAGAGAACCAAGCAGCUGCUGCAGGACAAGAAGGGAGAGGUGGAGAUGGUGGCCCAGCGGCUGCUGGAGAAGGAGGUUCUGGAUAAGAAUGACAUGGUGGAGCUGCUGGGAAAGCGGCCGUUUACUGAGAAGUCGACCUAUGAGGAGUUUGUGGAGGGAACUGGAGGUGAGGAGGAGGACACAACACUCCCAGAGGGUUUGAAGGACUGGAACCAGGAGAGGAAGGAGCGCAAAGAGAGCCAAGAGGAGCAGGUGGCUCGUCAGAUCUCUGGAGGAAUGCCCUUCUAGGGUUCCCAGGUUCCACAUAACCACGACACUGACCAUCAGUCAGAAAUUUCAUAAAAUACCAGAGGUCCAGAGACUUGUUUGGAUAUUCCCCACACUCUCUUAUUUGGAACUAUUUAUGUUGAGCUCUGUACCCGACACGGAUGUUUUAAGCAACCAUUAGUUCUGUUGGACGAAGCCCAUGUGCUCCACAUGUAUAGAAGCUUUUUCCUCUCACCUUCAGAGAACUAGGAGAAGGCUACUUACGCUGAUAACUUUCAUCUGCAGACGUUUGAGCUCCACCAGCUCAGAAUUAUACAACCACAUCUGCAGCUUAGAAGCUAAAGAAAACCACUGUAUUGGACCGGGCUGAGAAUAGCUGUAGGAUCUUGUUUUAUCAGUUUGAACCUCAUCUAAAGCAUAGACCUCUAUCUCUGCUCUCAGAUGAUUGAGCUCAUGUUCUAAAGCCUGAUCCAGCUGUUUUCUGCACCGUCAUCCGGGUUCUCAGCUCUAAACAUUCACUUAUAUUGGCAGACUUUCUUCCAGCUGUUGAGUAUCUGAAUCUGACCCACACUCUGAUCUCCAAAACCAGAAACUCUUGAGGGGAAAGCUUUGUUUCAAAGUCUGGACUGUGCAGAAUCCUGACCCGUUCUCCAGAGUGUGAAUGUAACACAUGCCGGAAGUUUUCAGUGGAACUCUGAAGUAUUGAAACUGAAUUCAAUGAGCAGUUUAAUAGUAUAAAACAUUGAAGUACAGCGUAAUGGUUGAAAUGAACACUUUCAUCCUCACUGUCAUUAUCGCUGCCACUGUUGCCAUGGUAACCGUGCUACAGCUGUUAAGACGCGGUCUGAGCUAAUCAGAAAUUUAAUAGCAGUCAAUUGAUUGCUGCUGGUUGCUCUCGAUGUAAAGAUGUAAUAUGAUGAUAGCAACAUUUCAGUGUGAAAUUAAGUUUUAAUAAAUUCAGAAAACUUCAAAACUGAG